AUGGUUUAUUGUACAUCUGGUGAUGAAGAGUGUUGCUUCUGGAAAGGCAUUGGCAGUGAAAAUCUAACUGGCCAUGUUAUCCACCUCAACCUUCAAAAUCCAUAUGAUCCUACCACUGAUUAUGAAGCCUUUGAAAGGUCGAGGUUGGGCGGAAUCAUUAGUAAUUCUCUAUUGGAAUUAAAAUAUCUUCAGUAUAUUGACCUGAGUUUCAGUCAUUUUGAAGGUCAUCAAAUACCAAGCUUCUUUGGUCACCUUGGGAAUCUAAGGUAUCUAAAUUUAUCACAGGCAGGUUUUGUGGGAGAUAUCCCUUUCCAGUUUGCAAAUCUCACAAAGUUGCAUUAUCUUGACAUUCGAGGACUCUUGCUGGAUAUUAGCAAUCUUGAAUGGCUGUCUCAUCUUUCUCUGCUAGAAUUCCUGGACAUGAGUGUCAACAAUCUUAACAAAGCAUCUAAUUGGCUACAGAUGCUGAACAUGCUCUCUUCUCUAUCCGAGUUACACUUGUCUGCUUGUCAACUUGAUGAGAAGUAUGAUCCAAUUCCAUAUGUUAAUUUUACAUCCCUCACUUUGCUAGAUCUUUCGUUGAACCAUUUUGUUUCUUCAACUUUUGGCUGGCUUCAUAAUCUUACCUCUCUUGUCACACUUGAUUUAGGUUACAACCGCAUUCAGGUUCCAAUUCAUAUUCCAAUUACUUUGAAAAGUCUGUAUCUCGGUGGUAACAACUUCCUAGACAAAAUUCCAAACUGGUUGUUCAAUAUCACUACACUCGAAACACUUGAUCUUUCAGGUAACCAUAUUCAAGGGGUACUCCCCAAUGCCUUUGGAUGUCUUUCCCAAUUGAAGCAUCUUGACCUGUCAUUCAAUGGCCUUGAAGGAAAACUGCCGAGCUCCUUGGGGACUCUAUGUAACCUUCAACAUUUAGAUUUAUCUCACAACAAACUUGGGAGAGGUCUAUAUGAGGUCUUGGGAAAUUCAUCUGCAUCACAUAAAAAGUUUGGAGUACUUGCAUAUGGAGGGUAA